AGGCGCCGGCCGACCGCGAGCGGCUCCCGCAGCCUGCGCCGCUAGAGCCGCUGGGCCGCCGCGCCGCCGGGCUGGAGUCUGUGGCCGGUGCGGAAGCGGAGCGGGCCCGGGACGAGGGCCCCGGGGACGGCAUGUCUUCGUUGCUGCGCGCGGGCUUUCUCUGGAUGUGGUGAGCGGGGGCUACUCUUCGUUGUGGUGCGUGGGCUCCUCAUUGUAGUGGCUUCUCCUGUUGCGGAGCGCGGGCUCUAGGCUCAGGGACUGAGUCGUUGUGGCGCACGAGCUUAGUUGCUCCGAGGCAUGCUCCGUACCAGACCAGGGAUGGAACCGAUGUCCCCUGCGUUGACAGGCAGCUUGUUAACUACUGCACCACCAGGAAAGUCCCUCUCUUGCUUUUUGAAAAUAAUCUUAUGAUGACGGAAAAUAAUUUUUGGUUAAAGAAGAUAGAAAUUAGUGUUUCAGAAGCAGAAAAGCGAACUGGAAGAAAUGCCAUGAACAUGCAAGAAACAUAUACUGCUUACCUCAUUGAAACAAGGUCAGUUGAACAUAUUGAUGGUCAGAGUGUCCUAACAGACUCACUAUGGAGGCGGUAUAGUGAAUUUGAGUUGUUGAGAAACUACCUUUUAGUUUACUAUCCACAUAUUGUCGUGCCACCUCUACCAGAAAAAAGGGCAGAAUUUGUUUGGCAUAAACUCUCUGCUGACAAUAUGGACCCGGAUUUUGUGGAAAGACGGCGAAUCGGUUUAGAAAACUUCCUCCUGAGAGUUGCUUCACAUCCCAUUCUGUGUAGAGACAAAAUCUUCUAUUUGUUUUUAACACAGGAAGGUAACUGGAAGGAGACUGUGAAUGAAACUGGAUUUCAGCUGAAGGCAGACUCCAGGUUAAAAGCGCUUAAUGCAACAUUCAGAGUGAAAAACCCAGACAAUAGUGUUAUUAGGAGACACUUCAGGAGUCCUUUGCACACUGAAGUCGGUGGUAUAAGAGAUGGUGAAGGAAGUGAGUGCUGCAGAGGAGACUUGAGGAAUGACCAGAGAGCGACAGGAAAAUGGAGAUUUACCGAACUAAAACACUACAGUGACGAACUACAGUCUGUCAUCUCACAUCUUCUUCGAGUCAGAGCUAGAGUAGCAGAUCGACUGUAUGGUGUAUAUAAAGUACAUGGGAAUUAUGGGCGAGUUUUCAGUGAGUGGAGCGCCAUAGAAAAGGAAAUGGGCGAUGGACUGCAGAGUGCUGGCCAUCACAUGGAUGUGUACGCAUCUUCUAUCGAUGAUAUUUUGGAAGACGAAGAGCAUUAUGCAGAUCAGUUGAAGGAGUACCUUUUUUAUGCAGAGGCGCUGCGGGCCGUGUGCAGGAAACAUGAACUUACGCAGUACGACCUGGAGAUGGCUGCUCAGGACCUAGCGUCCAAGAAGCAGCAGUGCGAGGAACUGGCAACUGGGACCGUGAGAACAUUUUCUUUGAAGGGAAUGACUACCAAGCUCUUUGGUCAAGAAACUCCAGAGCAAAGAGAAGCCAGAAUCAAGGUGCUAGAAGAACAAAUAAAUGAAGGAGAACAACAACUUAAGUCUAAAAAUCUGGAAGGCAGAGAAUUUGUCAAAAAUGCUUGGGCUGAUAUUGAACGCUUCAAAGAACAAAAGAACCGUGAUUUAAAGGAGGCCCUUAUAAGCUAUGCCAUCAUGCAGAUCAGUAUGUGCAAAAAGGGAAUUCAAGUUUGGACCAAUGCUAAGGAGUGCUUUAGCAAGAUGUAAUCCUGUGAAAUGAGUUUCUCUUCAAUCAAGGUGCCCCAAAACAGAAGCACAAGUAAAUAAAAAAAUUUAAGUUGCUGCCAGGAUACCCAAAAAUAUAUAAGUUGAGUAUAUUCAACUUGCUUUGACUGUAGUGUUAGUAUAGCACAAAGGAUGUAUUUUAAUGAAGAUUAAAUAUUAUAAUUUGAGGUUAUGGGGACUGGUGCUGAUUCUAAAACGUUAAUUAGAUAAAAUAUACCAACAAAUUAUCAGGUUUCUGAACCAGUGACUGAAUAUCAGGAUGUUAGGUAAUUUCUAAAUGUUCGUUUGUUUGUUUCAGUCCACUGUUUCAGAUCUGCACAUGUAGGGAGUUUUUUUCCUACGAUUGAAUUCUUAUCUUUAUUUGGUAAGACCCAUUAAUCUGUUAUAGGGGGUUAAUUUUUCUUGCCUUAUAGUUGAGCUGUUUGGUUUGACAAAGCUCAGCAGAAACUUAGUGUGAAAUGUAAGAAUUUCUCCCACAUUCUUUAAUGCCCCCAACCAUUACAUAUACUAGAAAAUGCCUUCAAUGUGUGUUUUACCAAAUUUUGAUACUGGUCAAAAAUUUUAUACUGCCAACAAAGACUCAACUUCUCAGAUAUAUAGUGGAAUACAUUGUGAUGAUCUAGGAAUUGGUAUAUAGAAAGUUUUAAUUGAGUAUGUUACAUACAAGCAUUAAAUUCUCAAAUUAUUCUUAACCUCAGCGAUGAGCCUAAGUGUACUCUGCUUGGCUCUCUACACAUGGCAUUUCAGGUACAGGAUGUAGCGCUUCAGUAUGUAAGAUCUAUGUAGUGAACAUACGUGUUGGUAUCUUCAUUAUUAACAUCCUUUUUUAUUGCUUGGCUGUAGUUUUUGUAAAGAUAAAUUAUAUUGCUUUUGUGUGUGUGUUUUGUGGUAUAUGUUCAGAAGCCAAGCACCCUUGGUAUUUUGCUAGCUUUGCAGAACCCUACAUGUGUACUCACUAUUACUAAUUAUGUAAAAAAAAUUUCCAUUACUGGUCAGCAUUUGACUUUUUUACAUGUUUAAAAUGUUGCUGAAGUUCUGUGCUGUUUGCCAAACUUAUACAAUAAAUAAAAGAAGUAUUGUAUUGAUUUUC